AAAAGCACUGAAGUGUACAACUGGAGAAUCACUGAAGUAGUAAAAUUAGUCCCAUAACGUUAUCUCUGCUGCUACCCUCUUUCCACUUUGAAACAUGGUGUUAUGUUCCACAACUGCAACAUGGUUCCUGAUAUUGGUGCCUGUGGUGGUGCUAUGGUUGUGGAAGGUAGUGAACUGGGUGUGGCUGAGGCCAAAGAGAAUGGAGAAGGUUCUGAGAGCACAGGGCCUUCAGGGAAACCCCUACAGGCUUUUGAUUGGAGACACAAGGGAAAUGUUCACAGUGCUCGUGCAAGCUGCAAAAUCCCAAAAGUCCAUCAGUUUUCUCUCCAAUGAUAAGGAUGUGGCACCGCAUAUUACAACCUUUAACCAUCACAUUGUCCACAAAUUUGGAAAAAAUUCAUUUAUAUGGGAAGGUCCCACUCCAAAAGUUAUCAUCAUGGAUCCUGAGAAAAUCAAAGACGUCUUCAACAAGUUCCAAGAUUUUGAGAAGCCUAAGUUGAGCCCCCUUUUCAAAUUGUUGGGUACUGGACUUGCAAAUUUAGAAGGAGAGAAAUGGAAGAUGCAUCGAAAGAUUAUCAACCCUGCUUUCCAUUUAGAGAAACUGAAGGUUAUGUUGCCAACAUUUUUUGAAUGUUGCGAUGACAUGAUUUCCAAAUGGGAAGUGAUGCUGUCUUCAGAGGAGAAAUGUGAAAUUGAUGUAUGGCCUUUCCUUCAAAAUUUGACCUGUGAUAUUAUUUCUAGAACAGCAUUUGGAAGCAGUUAUGAAGAAGGCAGAGAAAUAUUUGAACUUCUGAAAGAGCAAGCAGGACUUGUUAUGAGAUCACGGAAAGUUUACAUUCCAGGGUCGUGGUUGUUGCCAACAGCUAGAAAUAGGAGGAUGAAAGCAAUUGAUGCCCAUAUACGAGGAUUACUUAGAGGUAUCAUUAACAAUCGAGAGAAAGCAAUGAAACUUGGUGAUGUUACAAACUAUGAUUUAUUGGGGAUCCUUUUGGAAUCAAACCAUGCGGAAAUGGUAGAAAAUAGAAACAGUAAAACCCUUGCAAUGACUAGUCAAGAAGUAAUGGAGGAGUGUAAUGCAUUCUACAUAGCAGGGCAGGAAACUUCAGCUGUUUUGCUGGUUUGGACAAUGGUGUUGUUGAGUAGGCAUCCUGAGUGGCAGGCACGUGCCAGACAGGAAGUGUUGCAUGCUUUUGGUAACCAAAAGCCAGACUAUAAUGGGUUAAGUCACCUCAAAGUUGUGACCAUGAUUUUGUACGAGGUUCUGAGGUUAUAUCCACCUGUAGUUUAUUUCAGUCGAGGUAUCAAGAAUGACGUGAAACUUGGAGACCUCUCUCUACCUGCAGGAGUGCAUGUUUCCAUACCAAUAUUGUUGAUUCACCAGGAUCGUGAUAUUUGGGGUGAUGAUGCUACUGAGUUCAAACCAGAAAGAUUUGCUGAAGGAGUGGCAAAGGCAACGAAAGGCCAAGUUUCAUUUUUCCCAUUUGGAUGGGGUCCUAGAGUGUGCAUUGGCCAAAAUUUUGCCCUGUUAGAAGCAAAGCUGGUUUUGUCCUUACUUUUGCAACGUUUCUCGUUUGAGAUUUCUCCAGCCUAUGCACAUGCUCCAGUCACUCUGUUUACUCUUCAUCCAAAACAUGGGGCUCAUAUCAUCUUACAAAAGCUCUAGUGCCAUCCUUUUGAGUCAAAAAACCAUUCAAUUUUAUGUAGUAAUCUUGUAUUUACAGAGGCUAUACCUCUUUAAACUUAAGCUUAAAUUACUUUCCUCAUGGUAUGUCAUUAAGACACUUGGCAUCUUUUCACAUAAAUUAUAAUAGUACUAUGUUUUAAGAUUAACCUUCUAGAAAAGGUUUUUCCUCACUAGAUUCAAGAUAUUAGAACACAGAGAUGAAGCGGAAGAUUUUACAGAAGGAUGUUGUAUUACAAUACUGAAAUGAAUUGGAUGGUUUUACA